AUUGAAUACUGUCCUGCUCUCUGAGGCGAUUGGAAUUGAAAUAUAUAUAAAGGUAAUAAAACUACGAAAACCAUUCAAUUCAGUAUAGUCCUUUGAUUCAUUAUAAUAGGAUAAAAAUAUAUAUAUAUAUUCAAAUAUGUACAAGUCAAGUGUGUAUAUAAUUCUGUUCUUCAUAUCAGUGGAAUUUUCAUCUGCAUAUUUGAAACUUGAGGAACUUGGAGAGAACCUCUCGAAACUGGCACCGGUGUUACACAAUACUUGUGUCAGAAAAACAGGAAUACCCGAAGCUACAAUACUAAGCAUGAGAGAAGGACAUUUUGAAGAAGAAGACAAAUCAGAGGAAUAUGUCACAUGCAUAUGGCUGGAAUCCCAAAUUAUCAAACCUGAUGGUACUCUGAACAGGGAUCGCAUGGUGGAACUUUGCCCUCCUCAGAUAAAAGAAACAGGUCCGAAAAUAGUACUAGGGUGUUGGGAGAAAGUUGAAGAGGUGACUCCCCUGGAGAAGAGAGUAUACGAACUGCAGAAAUGUUUCUACAAAUCUGAUCCAGAGAACUAUAUUAUGAUUUGAUGAGACGAUGAUACUGACCCGUAAAUUGAGGCAGCCCUCCUGCGAGCGUGGAUUUGGACUUAACUACAUAAGAGUUUCCUCUUCUUCCUCAAGAAUUAUAAAUUGAAACUUCGAAUCAUUAAACCUUUCGAUUCAAUGAAUUCGUUUUUGUUGAUCACCCAAGUAGCAAUUUGGCGACAACAAC